GUUUGUCAAAUCAAACUUCUAUAAAUUUGACUUAGUUUAUAGAAAUUCGUCAACAUCUACAAGAUCAGAUUAGUUUCGUUAAAUCUACCAUGAAAUGUCUUGUAGAUGUUGACAUAUUUUGCUGUAAACUUGGCCAAAAGCUAGGGAAGUUUGACUUGUGAAAUGGAGGUAGUACAAGGUAAGAAAUAUAGAUCAUAAGGCUAGCCUUUAGCAGUUGAGCUUAAUUGAUUUCACUCACCUCUGUUUGGAGAUAUCAUGCCCUGCUGUGUCAACAAUCUCACCAUUUGUUGAGCAAAUGUAUGAGCAAAUAAAAGAGAGCAUUGAGUAUGGAGUGGUUAUCAAUAGAUGGCCUCAAUAUCUGAUGAGUUUAGAGAGUGCUGUUGCUGAUGUUGAGAGAGAAAUUAUGAAGGCACUGGAGAAGCAAUGCAUGGAUAUUCUGAUGCCUCUAAGAGAUGGCAUACCAGAAAAAAUUGAGAAGCAGGUCCAAAGAUUAACAAGAAGACAAUCUAUAGCUCCCUAUGUUGUGCCAAACCAGUUAGGAGCAUUCAUGAACACAGUAAAAAGGAUGCUAGAUGUGUUAGACUGCCAAGUCGAAGACAUUCUCAAGUCAUGGGCAACGUACCUUACUAUAUCAAGUGGGAACACUGUUUUUGGAGAGCAAAUGAACUCCAUCACUGUCAUGCUGAAGAAGUACAAGAAAUAUCUGCAAGCGAUAGUGGACAAGUUUGUCAGCAAUACACAAGCUAUCCGGAAUAUGAGCCUCAAGCGAAUUCUUGAAGAAACAAGAGGCUGAUGGUGAAAGUGAUAUAUGAGAUAGGGUGCCCAGCUCUCGGAUUCCGUUCACAAUCUAAAUGAGAUCUUCUCUAGUAGAAUAUUUGUUGCUAUUUGCCAAGGUUUAUGGGAGACUGGGAUCGGUUAGGCCAGGUAAUAAACGUGGCAACAAGAAAAGUACUAUGAAUAUUUCCUUUUGUUGUGAAUCCUUAUUAUGCCAAACUCACUUUUGAGCGGA